UUUCAAUUCUUUUUCAAGGUUAAUCACUUUUGAUUCUAUUUUUAAUUGUCAUCAUUUGAAUUGUUACUAAAUUAAAUAUUCUCACCAUGAUUAUUAAUUGUUUCGUUGAUUAAAUCCUCUUAUAACCUUUUUCUUAGAUAAAGGUUAACAUGUUUAAAGAUUAUGAUUCAAGAUUCUUACCAAUUGGUUAACCUGGUUAAGUGUUUCUAAUUUUAAUUCUUAAUCAUGUUCAUCUUCAGGUGGUAUUGGUUGGAAUGAUGAUCAAUCUUGUCUCGAAUUGAAUUUCAUGGUAAUCAGUUUGUGUGUCAACAUCUAAUGAACCAAAUGAUUUGGUCAAAGAUUAUUGGAGAUGAUCAAUGUUACACUAUCAUCAAAGUUGAUUGUUGUUAAAAUUGAUGAUCAAUUUAUGUCUGGUCAAUUGUGAUGAGAUUAAAUCGGAGAGUAUUUUAAAUUGUUAAUUUAUACACUUUAAUAUAUCAAAUCAACAAGCAUGAUGAUGGAUAAUCUUACCUUUCUAUUGUAAUCAUGUUGAUGGCGAUUUCCAUGUUCCUGAUUUUGGUUUAUAAUUUUUUUUUCUCAAUCUCAUUCAACCUUCAGGAAGCUUCAAUUUUAACAAAUGAGAUUGUUGGUAACCUGAUGAUUUACCUUUAAUUUAUAUUGUAAAUCAAGUCUCAAUCUUUAACCAGUCAAGGGCAUCGACCGGACACUAAAUAGACUUGAUGUUUAAGGAGCUAAUCAUCAUCAUCAACAUCAUCAUUAACUUAACAGCACAAUACAAGUUUUAACUGUUGAACAAGAAGCAGAUAAAAAAAACAACCAGCAACAAAUAAUAUCAACUAAUUAAAGGUGAUGGGUUUUGCUGAGGUUAAACAGUGGCCCUAAAUUGGACUCCUAAUUGUUGGGGUAUAUCAACAACCAUAAUGGUCCAGGUCAACGGAACCAUUUCAAGAUUAUCAAUUUUUUUCUCCAUCUCAAUCCAAUCUAAUACUACAAUUAACUUCUCAUGUAAUUUGUUGACCGUUUCAUGUACACUUUGACUUGAGUGUUUAUUUCCUUUGAAUGUAAUCAAUGGUUAACCGAGGGUUAAUUGUGAGAUAAUCAGGAAACCAUAAACAAAUAUCUCUGUUUACAAUUAGAUGAAGCGAAAAGUUUUCAAAAACUUGAAACGUACAAAUAAGUGAUUAGAUUGUGAUUGGAAAUCAUCGUGAUCGUUGACAAUCAACUUGGAGAACGAAAAGAAAAGUUCAGAUUUUGAUUUUAAUCAAUGAUAGAUGGAUUGGAUUAAUCAACGAUUUCUCAUGUUAAAUCUAUAAGAAUUGAUGAUAAUCGAAAUUGAAUUCGAGGUUAACAAUUGGAUUAAGAGAUUGUACCUUUAGCUGAGUUUCUUUUGAUCAAGUUGACAGAAAACAAGAGAUGAAGUCAAGUUGAUGUUAUUCUCAUAUUCAUCCUCUGAUGAUCAAAUUGACGUUCUUCUUAAUUGUUGGUUUAAUUGAUUUCAACUCAUGUGUCUGCAAUUAUGAUCUUAUGUGAACCAUUUGAUUGCCGGUAAAUUGCUGUUUUCGGUGAUAAAUUGUUGCUCUCACUUUCCAUUCUCUAAGAUUGACUGAUUGUGUUGCAGAAACCGAAAGCUGAUCGACUCGUAGCCAGUCGAGAAUAAACUUAGUCGCCGACAAAACGACUGGCUUUGGUGUCUAUUUGAUUGUCAACGUUAACUAUCAAUUAACGUUUCCAAUAAAGUGAAAACCUUUGAGUGAAAAUAGUUAAAUCAACUUAAUUAUGGAUCAACCAAGUUCGGAGUCAACAAGAAGUGAGAAUUCAAAGUUUACUCUUGAAAUUUGUAUCGAUAAUUGGGACUCCGCUAAGGCUGCAAUCGAUGGUGGGGCCAAUCGUCUUGAAGUAUGUUCUGCAUUAGGUCUUGGUGGCUUAACCCCGACGAGAGGUUUACUGAUCAAAAUUCGAGACUAUUUAUCGCAAAAGCCAAAGACUGUCCAUGUAGCCGCGAUGAUACGCUCACGGCCUGGUGAUUUCGUUUAUUCUUCCGAUGAAAUUGAUCUUAUGAAGAUGGAGAUUGAAACGCUUCAUGAUGUUUGUGAUUCCUUUGUAUUUGGAUGUCUCAAAGUCACUGCUAACGGUGAGGUGACACUCGAGGAAAACCAUUGUCGUAUCCUGGUCACCGCUUGUGGUUCCAAACCUGCGACAUUUCACCGAGCCAUUGACGUUUGUUCCAAUCCAGAGGUCACUUGUGUUGACAUUAUUUCAUUGGGCUUCAAACGUAUUCUUACUUCCGGUGGAGCGGCAACAGCACUUAAAGGGAUCGAAAUGAUUAAAUCAUUACAAGCUUCAUAUGGAGAUAAAAUAACGAUCAUGGUUGGAUCGGGUGUUAAUGCUUCUAAUGUCCCUCAGAUUUAUGAGGCCACUAAAGUUUUGGACUAUCAUUCAUCGUGUAGCUCUGAACAUGUUUCAUCGAUCGAUUCUAUUUGCGGGCAAAUAUUUCCUUCCGGUGUAUCGAAGUGGCAAAUCACCGAUAUCGAAAAGGUAAUCGCAAUGAAAAAGAUAAUUCAAGAGAUUGAAAAACAAAACUGAACCAAAUGAUAAUCGACACGAUGAACAAUUAACCAUAACGCACACGAUGACACAAUUGAUUAGUCUCUCUUUAAUCUCGAACUUGUAUUAAGUUGAACAUUAAAGAAACGAAAAGAAAUUAAUAAAAAACAAUUGCAAUUCCUCAACAA